CACUACCCCUCGCCAUACAGCCUGUCGCCUCUCGGUUCGGUACUCAAGAAGGGACUUAUGGCACCAGGUCUACUUGGAUUACUAUCUGUCAUCACAACACUCGGCCUCCUGGGCUUCAUCGUCUAUCGAUUCUCAACAUGGAGGCGACACUACAAAACAUAUGUCGGCUAUAACCAAUACGUCGUACUUUGUAUGAAUUUGUUGAUCGCCGACUUCAUACAAGCUGUGUCCUUUCUCUUCUCGUUCCACUGGAUCAGAAAAGAUGGCAUCUUUGCACCCUCAUCGGCCUGCUUCGCACAAGGCUUCCUUCUCAACAUUGGCGACUUGACGUCUGGCUUCUUCGUCAUGGCUAUUGCCUUUCAUACAUUCUAUACUGCAGUCAAGGGUCGUCGUAUCGGCCACGUCGGGUUCAUUGCGUCAGUACUUUCUGUUUGGGCUUUUGCCAUGAUCCUGAGCAUCAUCGGUCCAAUCCAAUACAAGGACAAAUACUUUGUUCGUGCGGGCGCCUGGUGUUGGGCUGGACAGCAGUACCAAACGGAUCGACUCGCUUUGCACUACCUCUGGAUUUUCAUUGUUCAAUUCGGAACGAUCAUCGUCUACCUCUUUGUCCUCAUUCGACUGCGAGCAGCUGUAGCGGCUGUGGUACCAUCGGUCAGAGUGCAGUCAUCCAGCUAUGCCAAAGUCGACCGAGCAGCCAAGAUGAUGGUUCUCUACCCUUUGGCUUACAUCGUCCUCACGCUUCCUCUGUCAGCCGGCCGCAUGUGGAGCAUGGCACACCACGAAAAGAGUCUACCCGACUCCUAUCAAUGCGUAGCCGGCGCUCUUCUCGCUAGCUGUGGCUGGGUAGACACCCUCCUCUAUACUCUGACACGCAAGGCCCUGAUUAACGGC